ACUCUCUAAGCAUCGAAACAUUUUAGAAGGAAAUAUGGACAUUUUUAUUCACUAAAUUUCCAUAUCAUGAUUCAUAUUUUGAGGAAUGCUUUACGAGAAAAGAGUGAGAGGAAGAGGAAAGUGGCCAAUGGGGAGCAUUGAAUCUUGGGCUAUUUGGAUUCCGAGAACAGUUGAAAGCAAAGAGAACUCUCUUGACCAAACACUUCUUCUGCUCUUUUGUCCUUUUUCAUGUUCGAAAUUAGUUUCGAGUUUGGACAAAUAAACACACGUGGGAAGAAAAUAGUUAACUUAUCAUGCCUACAAACACAACUCUACAUCAAAAUUUCUUUUUGGAGGGGUUUAAUAUUGACAAAAUAAAGCAAAUAAACACACUUCAUCAAUUCAUAUCGAUUUUAGGUUCGGAUCGAUUUAGUUUAAACAAAAAACAAAAAUGCAUAUAGUUACAAUCAAUUUUUUUUCUUACAAAUCAUUGGUGCCUGAUAAGAUCAGUAAUCACAUCUUCGAGUCGAAGGUAACUAAUAUGAAAAACCUUAAAAGAUGUUCUUGACUAUUUGUAUCAUAAAUUGAAGAAAGAAAUAUGACCAAAUACUGUGUGUAUUAUCAUAAGGUGUUUGUCUUACCCUAGUAAAUUAUCAAUUUGAAGACAAUGUUAGGAAUUAGUUACAAACAUAAAUAAAUGCGACUAAUGAUAAAGUGUAAGUAUAUCGAGGAAUCUACGAAUUUUUCAAAGUCUUAAUUGGUGGAACCAACCAUGAAUGAUUUGGGCAUAAUUACAAAAGAUCCUGCAGGUUGUGGGGUUUGCAAAAUCGACCCCAUAUCUUACCAUUAAAGUGUAAUAAGAGCAGACCAAAGUUAUUACUUGUGAUUGGAUCCAAACUCAGUUAUUAUUUACUGAAACACUAAUGCUUUCUCCUAUUUCAUUUUCUUUGAGAUCCAAUAGAAAAUCGACAAACAACUAAAAAAGAAAUAUAUUCAAACUAUGUAAGACGAGAAAGUAAAUAAGUAAAUGGAACCAACACUUCUCCUAAUACAGCCAAAACACAACCUCGGGAACCUCUUCCUCCUGCCAACUAUAAAAACAGACACCAACAAAAGGAUCCAUUGAUUUUAUAAAUUUUGUUUGCUUAAAACAAUAUAUGUUUUGAUGUGAUUUUAAUACCCAAUUAGUCCCUAUCCUCGUGGCAUUUUGUUUAUUGGACCGAAGCCAAAAUUUAUUCUAGAGGAUAUAUCUAUCUUGUGAAGUUUGUAGUGAUCAAAUAUGAAUUUAUUCUAUAUAGUAUGUGUGAUAAUCCAAAAUCUGUUAGUAUAUAUACAUUAUAGAAUCAACAUAACUUAAAAGGAAUUUAAUGUGUUAUAGAUAAUAAAAUCUUAUUUUGUAGGGAAAAUAAAGAAUGUUAAGAUGUUGGCCAAAACAUAAUUCAUAAUAAGUAAUAGAUCAAAAAACAAUUUCUUUAAAGGGGUAUACAUUCUAAAACUUUUGUGGUAUAGUCAAUCUACACACACUUUUACUAUUUUCAUCACAGUAUAUACAUGAAAUGAUUGCAAGAUUCCGAUAAGAAUGUAUUUUAUAAGAUCAAGAUUGAAUCCAACAUGCAUGAAUACCACCAAGCACAUGAACAAAUACGCAUUUAGUUUAGGGAUUAAUUGUCGUCUAGUUUUUUUUGUCCUUUAGAUUGAAACCAAAUUUUUUGUUCAAUAUACAUAAUUUUGACACUAUUAUAUUCACCUUAUAAAGAGAUUAGUAUGAAAUCCCAUGUGGCAAAAGAAAAAGAUGAAAUUAUUAUAAGAAAGAUAAAAACCAAACAAAUGUACACUAACAUGACUUGAAAGCUUGCUUAUAUAAAGACUUAAAGGACCCUUUGUUCCCCCAUCUCCUCAACAACACUCGCUCAGAACAAGACAAAACAAAACAAAAAAAAAACCCAAAAACUCUCAAGAAAAAAAGAAAAAAAGAAAAAAAAAAUGGCGAUAUUAUGCACAACAACAUCUCCGGCAGAGAAAGAACACGAACCAAAACAAGAUCUUGAAAAAGACCAAACUCCAUUAAUCUUUAAUCCUUCCCUUCUAAACCUCCAAUCCCAAAUCCCAAACCAGUUCAUUUGGCCAGACGAAGAGAAACCUUCCAUUGACAUUCCCGAGCUCAACGUCCCUUUCAUCGAUCUCUCAAGCCAAGACUCAACUCUUGAAGCUCCUAGAGUCAUCGCAGAAGCUUGCACCAAACACGGCUUCUUCCUCGUCGUCAAUCAUGGCGUCAGCGAGUCACUCAUAUCCGACGCUCAACGUUUAAUGGAACGUUUCUUCGACAUGCCUCUCGCCGGUAAACAGAAAGCUCAGAGAAAACCCGGUGAGAGCUGUGGCUACGCAAGUAGCUUCACCGGUAGAUUCUCCACCAAGCUCCCAUGGAAGGAGACUCUCUCUUUUCAGUUUUCAAACGAGAAUAGUGGCUCAAGAACCGUUCAAGAUUACUUUUCCGAUACAUUAGGACAAGAGUUCGAGCAGGUUGGGAAGGUGUAUCAAGACUAUUGUGAAGCAAUGAGUUCUCUAUCACUCAAGAUCAUGGAGCUUAUGGGGUUAAGUUUAGGCGUAAACCGAGACUAUUUCCGAGGAUUUUUCCAAGAGAAUGAUUCGAUAAUGAGGCUCAAUCAUUAUCCUCCAUGCCAAACACCAGAGCUCACAUUAGGUACAGGACCUCAUUGUGAUCCAAGUUCUUUGACCAUCCUUCAUCAAGACCAUGUCAAUGGCCUUCAAGUCUUUGUUGACAAUCAAUGGCAAUCUAUUCGUCCCAAUCCCAAGGCUUUCGUUGUCAAUAUUGGUGACACUUUCAUGGCUCUAUCGAACGGGAUAUUCAAGAGUUGUUUGCAUAGAGCGGUUGUGAAUAGGGAAAGCGCGAGGAAAUCGAUGGCGUUUUUCUUGUGUCCGAAGAAAGACAAAGUGGUGAAACCACCAAGUGAUAUUUUGGAGAAGAUGACAACAAGAAAAUACCCUGACUUCACUUGGUCUAUGUUCCUUGAGUUCACUCAAAAACAUUACAGAGCAGAUGUGAAUACUCUCGAUUCCUUUUCAAAUUGGGUCAUUACCAACAAAAAUCCCAUCUAAGAAACAACAUUACUAUCUAAAUCCUUUGUAUGUUUUCUGGUUACUUUGUGUCCUUUGUUCUCGUAGUGAAAUGCAUGAAUUUGGAUUUCAAAGUUUUAAACGUUUCUAAUAUAUUGUUCCAAGCUUUAGACCAA